AUGGACGCCAGUAUUUCCCCUUUGUAUCCAUCUCACCGAUGUAAAACUAUUCACCUGGUGACGCAUGGACAAGGGAUGCACAAUGUAGCAGCAAAGAAGAGUCUUAAGGCAUUAUUGUCUCCUAAAUUAUUUGAUGCUCCUAUCUCUACUCUUGGUUGGCAGCAGGUGGCUGAUCUGCGUAAGCAUGUCCUUGCAAGUGGGCUGUUAAAGAGGAUUGAAUUGGUUAUCACUUCUCCUAAGUCAAGAUCCAUGUCAUCCUCAACCGGGAGUCUUGGUGGUGAAGGGUAUGUAGAUGGGACAGAUGCACCUCACUUGAUGGUGGAAAAAGCAGGGAACAGUGAUCGUUCUGCAAUCUCAAGUCUAAAUUGCCCACCAUUAUUGCAGUUAGCUUUGCCGAGAACGUUUGGUAUUUAUCCUUGUGAUAAGAGAAGAAGCAUCAACGAGUAUCGAGCUCUUUUUCCCAGCUUCAACUUUGCUCUGAUAGAAAACGAUGAUGACAUUUUGUGGAUGGCUGACACUAGAGAGACGAACGAACAUGUUGCAAAGAGGGGAAUGGAGUUCAUAAACUGGCUGUGGACUCGAAAAGAGAAGGAGAUCGCAGUUGUUACUCACAGUGGAUUCUUAUAUCAUACCCUAAGUGCAUUUGGAACUGAUUGUCAUCCAUCUAUAAAGGAUGGAAUACGUAAACACUUUGCUAAUUGUGAGCUUCGCUCAAUGGUUAUUGUUGACAGAAGUAUGUUGGGUUCAGAUUCAGCGACAACAAACUUCCCUGGAAAGAUUCCCAGUGGUCUCGAUCUACCUAGUGAUGUUGCUGCUGAGAAGCAUCAGGAUAAAUUAACGCCCAACUAAUUAUAGCAUGGGUUCCAUGAUCGAACAGUAACCCUUAUAUGGUAUAAAAUAAUUGCAGAGGUGGUUCACUGAGAGAAUUGUACCUUACUGCAAAAAAUUUGUACCAAAAUAUUCAUGUGCUCGCUGUUAUUGUAGACAAUGUGAAGAUUCUUUAUUGGUGUAGGCAAAGAUUUGGAAGCCGUAGGAGACUUGUAGGCGCCAGUUCAUUUUAAGAUGAAGUGAUGAACGAAAUUGAUUCA